UAUGAAAUUAAAGCAACAUUUCGUGCUAUGUAUGUUGGUUUUGGUUGACUGCCCUGUUAUGAAAUUAGUGUAGCGAGUGGUAUGUGACUUGAGGGAAUAGAGGUCGUUUAAAUGUGUAUUGCAUUUGGAGGCAAGUUGAGAAAAAAAAAAGGACAUGGCGUUCCUAGCAGCAGUUUUUAUUCUUCCUGCAGGCACUCUUUUCAUUCUCUCAGGCCUUAUUGUUAACGCAAUGCAGAUUCAAGAAUCUGACGAAGCAAGAAAGAAGUUCUCAAAUGCUAAAUCUCUUUCUUCCUCCCAAUUUUUUGGAGAUCAGAACAAAGCUGCAAACGUGGCUGAUCAAGCUACUUUGUCAAAGUUUUCAGGUUCAUCUGCCAUCUCCAGUGCUGUUCAUACCCUCGUUUGUGUUUUUCUUCUACUUCUUAUUAUUAUCCUUUAUUCUCCAUUGCAUUCAUAA